AUGGCGGCGGCGCCAUCCGGCAGCAGGACCAGGAUGGUCACGCUCAUCAGCAAGGGCGGCAGGAACUUCAAGAUGCCGGAGGCCGUGGCGUUGGUGUCCUCAAGGAGCUGCAGGGAAGCGCUCGACUACAUCGAAUAUAGAGGCAACAACACCAUGAUGAUCAAACUCCUGGACAUCGACCCCAAGCCGGUCUCCAUGCUCGUCAACUUCUGCAACCACAUGGCCGCCGCCGCAACCUCGGCGGCUAGCGACGACGCGGCGCAGAGGAUGAGAGAGUGGGAAGAAAGGUUCCUCGGCGACGACGUCGACCAGGCGUUGCUAUACGACUUGCUCUCCGCGGCGAUCUCCAUCCAGGCUGACGGGCUCAUCGACCUCGUCUGCAAGCGGGUCGCCCACAUGAUCAAGGGCAAGACACCCCAAGAGAUCCGCACCAUCUUGGGCAUCCAAGAUGACCUCACGCCCGACCAGCGAGACGAGAUCCGCACGGACAACUCCUGGAUAGAUAUAUGA